CUGUGCAAAACCGAAGAUGGCGACAGACUAAACGAGACUAUCAAGGAGGGAGAAGAUGAGAGGCAAAUGUAGCUUUUUUUUCAUCAGAAACGGAAGAAAAAAUAAGUCAUUGUGUCAUGUUUGAGGAUGACAGAUAUAGAAUAAAGAUUUCGUUUUUGUACAUACUAUGCGUUUCUUGUGUGAUGCUGCACCGGUGCUGGAGGUGUCAGUAGGAUUUCGCAAUAUGUUACAAUUUUGGGUGUAUAGGGAAUAUUAUGCCGGACGUUAUCUAUUUGCGAUGGAUCAUUGUAAAAAUUAGACGCCAGGGUUUGGAGCUGGAUUGAUUUAUUGACACAACAACUUGGGGAAAAUUCUUCCCAUCACCAUGUUGCAAACGAGGUAGGUGACAUUGUUUGGGGGAUAGCCUAUAUUGCAGAGGUGAAAAACCCAUCUGAGAUCGCUUUUGUCUCCCCCCUAAAAUAUGAUCAGGGGUGCUUGGAUGUUUCGAAGGGAAGAUGACGCCGUGUUAAAAAUCUGUUGUGCACCCAAACAAAACGACAAACCCUGUGCCGAUUCCGAGAGGGUACAGAAAUGGCGAAUGUCUUUGGCAUCCCUAUUAUUUUUCACUGUCCUUCUUUCUGAUCACCUCUGGCUGUGUGCUGGAGUUAAACUGAGGUCCAAGGAUAGGAGCAACCGCAAAAUCUGGAGUAACGCGACUGACGGGGUCCACCCGGCUCUAAAUGAGGAGAAAUUUGGUAUUUUUCUAAGCAAUUUCACCAAAUCCGCUGCUCCAAGUCCUCAUUGCACUGAUUCUCAUAGCCACCACACUCACCUGGAGUCAGCCUGCACCACGUUGUAUCAGCAAAAAAAUGGCUUUGGGUCCUCUUUCUCAACUCCAUCAACGUUCUCGMCACAGAUGUUACUUGAUUAUUUUAGGAAUUUCAGCCUUUCUUUUUGUGAUUCUUACACCAUCUCCGACUUACUGUUGGGGAUGUCAAGCCCAGACAGUUUGAAUUGCAGUCUUCAGAACAUGGUUUUGGAUUUGUUUAGAGGCGGUGGGGAUGACGAGGAUGUCUGCAGCAUCUGUAUCCAGGCGUACAUGCGGCUGGACCAACACGCUCAGGAAAAAUAUGAAGAGUUUGACUUCUUCUUUCUCAAGUAUUUAUCGGAGGAUUAUUCUGUCCGAUCCCACACAGAAGACUGUAAGUCAGUCUACAAAGCCUGGUUAUGCUCAGAAUACUUCAACGCCACCCAGAGCCAGUGUCAACACAGGAUUCCCUGCAAGCAAUAUUGUCUGGAGGUCCAGACCAUGUGCCCCUUUGUGUUACCAGACAAUGACGACUUGGUCUACGGAGGACUAUCCAGUUUCAUCUGUACAGGGCUACUAGAAAACCAUUUAACCAAUGCAGACCCAGAGUGUUGUGAUGUCAGAUGGAGUGGCUGCGACCCCUCUGUGGGGGCGGCGUGCGCCCUGACACAGCUUCCAGGGUCGUCGUCGUGGCAGCGGCGCAGCUCCCCGCCCGUGUCAGCUGCAUCGCGGCUGUGCAGCAGCAGACUAAGACUGUGUGUUCUGGUCCUCAUCCUGCUGCACACUGUCGUCUCCUUCUCCACUGUCCAGAGCAGUGGCGCUGUGGGCCUGGAGGCCAUGGUACCCCUGCCAUUGGAGGAGAGCUCUGCCCGAGAGGAGUGACUGAUUAUGAACAAGAUUUUCUACUGUUCCCUGCCUCCAGUCUACAGAGACCCCUUCCUUCACAGUACCUGAGGAGUGAGGCGUUUAUAACCCUCUCUCUCCAUCCAGUCCCCUCCACAGGACAUCAGGAAUGAGGAGGUUAUACACCGCUCCAGGGCAGGCUACAGGUCGGUAUACCUCCUCACCCUCCACCACACUGGAGGAGUGGCGAAGCACGGGCCCUCCCCUACCUCGACACAGAGAGGUAUGGAGGUGGAUGAGGUUUCGAAACUGAGAACCAGACAUGUCUCACAUGUAAGGAGGACAUGAAAGGGCAUAGGGAAAGAGAGGCGGGUCUCCUAUCAUGCCAGGGCCCAGAGGAAGCGUCGAUUUUAUAACUGAAAGAGGUACUGUAUGCUGUUUAUGAGAAGGGUUUGGGUACAAAUGGCCUUUUUCAAGUUUUAUCACUACUCUAUUUAAUGAGUUGAGUGAUGUUUUGGGGGAUUUACGUAUGAGGUUGGGUGUUGAGUUUGUGAACUGCACAGUGGGGAAAAGUAUGAGUUGCAGGCUCGUAUGCUAUUUUUUUUAUCUGUGUGUGUGUGUGUGUGUGUGUGUGUGUGUGUGUGUGUGUGUGUGUGUGUG